CGUUGUGGGGGGGGGGUUGAUGGUAGUGGUGUUGGUGUUGGUGUUGGUAGUGUUGUAUUAUUAUUAUCAUCACAUUAUUAUUGAUUUUAGAGAUUGGGACUGGGUGGAAAUGACGAAAGAUGUAAAGUGUUAUGUCUGUGUGUGUGUAUGCUAUGUGUUUUUCAUUUUUGUUUUGUUCGUUUGUUCGUUCAUUCUCAUUUGUGUAUCAACUAUUUUCUUUCUGUUUUAAUCAUUCUUCCUGGUGUAAAUGAGUACAAUUUUUUUCCCGGAUAACAAAGAUAAAAAAAAAUAGUGUUUGUAUCUGUCGUUGGUAUAUUCAACAAUGGAGAUUAUCACUAUGAAAAAAAAAAAUUUCAAUUCUUAAAUAAUGUCGAUAUGUCGCUUAUAUAUCAAUUAUUAUAUUGCUCAGAAGAUUACCACCAAAAAAAAAAACGUUCAUACGCUCAAAGCGACGUGGUUGAGUUUAACUAAAAAAAAAAAAAUACUCAGAGAUCCUAAAUAUGCAUACAAAAAAAAAACAUUACGGAAUACCUCUAUCGAGCAUGGAUUUUAUAAAUCAUCAAAAAUUAUUCUUACCGGAAUAUUCUUGAUUGAUGCACGAUUUAUUUCGUAUGGAUAACAAAGAUUAAUGGUGUUGCACCCUAUACAUUGGUUGUUGGUCAUUAUCGAGAAAAAAAAAGUAGAAAAAGAAGGAAGAAAAAACGACAGAAUAAAUGAAUUAUCCAAGGAAUGAGAAUUGUUACGAUUCAAAUCGUAAAUUGAACUUCAUCAUCACCAUUGGACAGAAUUUGUCAUCAUCAUCGUAAUGCUGGUAAUAAUUUUUGUCCAAAUAAUUGAAUGGCUUGCCAUCCGAAGAAUUGAUUAUUUGUUUGGCACAUCAAUUGAAUCAUGAUGAAUGAAUAAAUUAAUGGAUGGAUGAUAUUUUUUUUCAAUUUUUUUCUGCAAAAAAAAAUUCGAUUCAACUAGAUUCAACGAUAUGGCUCGUUGAUCAACCAUUGUCAACAAUAUAUAUGUGUAUUUGAUGUCAAAAUUGAAUUUGCAGAAAAAAAAGAAAACAAAACAAAACGAAAAAUUUUUUUUUGUUUUGUUUUGUUCACCUAGGAUAAAAUUGUCACAAAUGCUCAUAUAUAUAUUAUUUAUGGGUGAAAUUUUUUUUAUUUCAAUUUAAACAACAACAACAACAACAACAACGGCAACAACUACGAAACAGCAACGAAACAAAUUUCUGCAUUCCUAUAUUGGUUCAUGAUAUUUUGAUGAUUUGUAUGAAUUUUGUCUUUCACGUUCAUUUGAAUUUUGGAUUUUAAACAUUGUGCAUUGAUGUCAUCAUCAUCAUCAUCAUCAUCAAUUGCCUCUGAUUGAUUUAUCGAUAAUAAUAUUGUUCCAUCAUCUCAUAAUUGUUUGAAGACCAAAAAAAAAUUUCAAUUUAUCAAUCAUCAUCAUUAUCAUCAUCAGUAUCAAUGGCGAAGAAUUUCAAUCGUUUAAAGAAACCAACGCUAAUUAUCAAGAAUCAUAAUCUAUUCACUUUAUUGAUAAGAAAUUUUGGUUGGUUAUCAUUCAUGAUUAUCAUGGUAUUCAUUUGGAAACAAUCAUUGAAUCCAUUUUCGUACAGCAACAACAACAACAACAAUCAUCCGAUUAUUGGCAGUGGUAGCAGUAAUGGCAAUAGUAAUUCAAAAUUAUCGGUUGAUGCAUUCUUUUUUGAUAAAUUUGAACGUUUGAAACGUAUUACAUUACCAUCGGCAUUUGUUGGUCUUAGUAGCCUAUUACCUGGACUUUCAUCCGGUAUUCGUGUAUGCAUUAAUUUUAAUUCACAAUAUCCACAAGGAUAUCAACAGAACACUUGCUUCCUGUGCGAUGUUUAUCGUUUCAAUUCGAUUGCAUAUCAAUGCACUGGACAGACUCAGAUUCCUGGUAACAUUAAUUUUACUCAAGCUAAUUGUAUUAUGAAUUCCUGUCAGCCAAUGAUGUAUGGUGGAUCAAUGAUGGCAAAUCGUUAUCAAUUACCGACAAAUAUUGGCGUAACAUUACCACAAACUAAAUUCGGUCUAUAUCAAACUGCAUCAUUGCAACAACAACAACAACAACAACAACCGCAGCAGUAAUUUAAACCGAUACAAUAAUAAUAAAUCUAAACUAAAU